AUGUCACGCAUGCACACUGGAGCCAGACAGAUCAAGGACAGUUACAACAAUACACAGACAUCAAAACUGAUCAAGGACAGUUACAACAAUACACAGACAUCAAAACUGAUCAAGAACAGUUACAACAAUACACAGACAUCAAAACUGAUCAAGGACAGUUACAACAAUACACAGACAUCAAAACUGAUCAAGAACAGUUACAACAAUACACAGACAUCAAAACUGAUCAAGGAUGGUUACAACAAUACACAGACAUCAAAACUGAUCAAGGAUGGUUACAACAAUACACAGACAUCAAACCUUAUCAAGAACAGUUACAACAAUACACAGACAUCAAACCUUAUCAAGAACAGUUACAACAAUACACAGACAUCAAACCUUAUCAAGGACAGUUACAACAAUACACAGACAUCAAAACUGAUCAAGAACAGUUACAACAAUACACAGACAUCAAAACUGAUCAAGGACAGUAACAACAAUACACAGACAUCAAAACUGAUCAAGAACAGUUACAACAAUACACAGACAUCAAAACUGAUCAAGGACAGUUACAACAAUACACAGACAUCAAAACUGAUCAAGGACAGUUACAACAAUACACAGACAUCAAAACUGAUCAAGAACAGUUACAACAAUACACAGACAUCAAAACUGAUCAAGGACAGUUACAACAAUACACAGACAUCAAAACUGAUCAAGAACAGUUACAACAAUACACAGACAUCAAAACUGAUCAAGGAUGGUUACAACAAUACACAGACAUCAAAACUGAUCAAGGACAGUAACAACAAUACACAGACAUCAAAACUGAUCAAGAACAGUUACAACAAUACACAGACAUCAAAACUGAUCAAGGACAGUAACAACAAUACACAGACAUUGAUCAAGAACAGUUACAACAAUACACAGACAUCAAAACUGAUCAAGGACAGUUACAACAAUACACAGACAUCAAAACUGAUCAAGGACAGUUACAACAAUACACAGACAUCAAAACUGAUCAAGAACAGUUACAACAAUACACAGACAUCAAAACUGAUCAAGGAUGGUUACAACAAUACACAGACAUCAAAACUGAUCAAGGAUGGUUACAACAAUACACAGACAUCAAACCUUAUCAAGAACAGUUACAACAAUACACAGACAUCAAACCUUAUCAAUGACAUUGAGAAAUGGAAUGAAGUUUUAGAGAAAAACCAAAUUUAG